UCUGAUAGGUUGGACGUCGUAAUGAGACUAUGAAAGAAUAGCGUGUGUUUUGUGAAAAGCUGCACGCGUAUUGUAAUCUUAAUUUAGACGAAAUGUCUUAGACUAAUGUCAUUAUUGAUUAAAUUUGUUAAACGAUACAAGUUUUGUUAAAUACAAAGCCAAAGAAACAAGGCAAUGGAUUCGAUUGUAAUAACGUACAAAACGGAGAUUAUAGCUUGAGAAAAGAUAGUUAAGAGGAAAUCAUUCACAAUUCCCUCCGACGAACGGAGAAACUGGAGAAAUGCUGACUUCAAUAAACUACAAUAUUAUAUGUUAAGAAGAAAUCAAUUUGACACAUCUGUUAAUUCUAUAAAAAAAAAACAAGAAAAUGAACAGAUCAGAUUGUGGAGCUGAUACGGGAAGUGGUUGGCGUGAAUGUGCCAAAUGGUUAACAAGAUGUGGAGCUUUACGAGCUGAUCAUAAAGCAAAUUGGCCAAAUGCAACCCCAUUCGAUCUUGCAUACACAUUAAGAGAUGGAGUAUUACUUUGUAAUUUAUUAAAUGCUGUAGAUUCAGGAUGCAUAGAUAUGAAAGAUGUGAAUCAAAAGCCACAAAUGGCCCAAUUUUUAUGUUUACGAAAUAUCAAAGUAUUUCUCUCAGCAUGUUCAACUAUUUUCGGAUUAUCAGCUUCCGACCUCUUUGAACCUUCCAUGUUAUUUGAUUUAUCCAAUUUUCAGCGUGUACUUUGUACACUUUCUGCUUUAUCGAAUUGUCAUCGUCUAAGACAGAAGGGUAUUCUAGGUUUCUCAGUAGGCCGCAGUCGAUCUCAAGAAGAUAUUUAUAAGGAUUUGCAAAGUGCCGGUGUGGGGCGCGAAGAUGAAGGUCGUCGCAAAAGGUUUAGAAGGAGAGAGGGAGAUGAAGCAGGUGGAGGAGGAGAUAAUGAUGACUCUGUAGGAGAAGAGGAUGGUUAUGGAGCGUAUUGCAGUCAUGCUCAAAGUGAAGAAAUCUAUCAGGACCUUUGUAGUUUACACCUGCCACCUCCUCCAUCUGUUGCUCAGCAGGGUGGUGCAAUAUCAGGAGGAGAAAAGAGAGACUAUGUUAUUCAAGAACUCGUUGAGACUGAAAGAAACUACUCGGAUGUCCUCAACAGUUUAUUAAAACAUUUUGCGAGGCCACUCUCCACAUUAUUAAGACCUGAAGAUUCAGCACGAAUAUUUUUUGGUAUAAAAGAGUUAUCUGAAAUUCAUGCAGGCUUCCAUAGUCAACUUCGUAAAGCAAGAAACGGAGCUGCCUUAGCUCAAGUUUUUCUUGAUUGGCGAGAAAAGUUUCUUAUUUAUGGAGAUUAUUGUGCUAAUCUUACACUUGCACAGAAUACUCUACAAGAAGCAUGUGCAAGAAACGAAAUUUUUAAUCAAGAGGUUAUAAGAUGCCAGCAAGACUCUAAUAAUGGUAAAUUUAAGCUACGUGAUAUACUUUCUGUACCAAUGCAAAGGGUGCUAAAAUAUCAUUUGCUACUUGAUAAGUUAGUCGAAGAGACUCCUAGAGACUGGCACGAAGAUAGACGUCAAUUAAGUGAAGCACGAGAAGUUAUGGUAGAUGUAGCACAAUAUAUAAAUGAAGUUAAGCGUGAUGCAGACACAUUAGAUAUUAUAAAGGAUAUAGAAGCAUCAAUAAUUGAUUGGGAUGUACCUGAAGAUGCACAAUUAAAAGAUUAUGGACGUUUGUUACGAGAUGGAGAACUUAAGGUGAAAGCUCAUGGAGAUCAAAGAAUAAAAGCUCGUUAUGCAUUUGUUUUUGAGCAAAUCAUUCUAAUUUGUAAAGCAGGAAGAGGUGAUCAAUAUUGUUAUAGAGACUUUUUACGUUUAGAUGAUUACAGACUUGAAGAUCAUACGGGAAGAAGAACUCUUGGUCGAGAUUCGCGUUGGUCUUAUCAAUGGUUACUUGUGCAUAAACAAGCUUAUACUGCAUACACUUUGUAUGCGAGAACAGAAGAACAAAAACAAAUGUGGAUUAAAGCAUUACAGGAUGCGAUGGAUAAUGUCAAUCCUGCUGCAUGUCGUAGUACUAAUCAUAAAUUUAAACUUACAACAUUUGAUACUGCACGUAGUUGUCAGCGCUGUGGUAGAUUCCUUAAAGGCUGUAUAUUUCAGGGUUACAGAUGUGAAGUGUGUCAUCUAGCUGUACAUAAACAAUGUAUUGCCCAUUCAGGGCGUUGUAUGCCAAUACCACCACCACCUCCACCACCACCACCCUUGCCUUGUGAAAGAGCACUUUCUGCUAAACUUUGGUUUGUUGGAGAAAUGGGACGAGAUACGGCAUAUAAUAAACUUGAACCCCGUGAGAAUGGUACAUAUAUGCUAAGAAUAAGACCACCUGGUCAACCUCGACUCCAGCAUGAAACUAAUUAUGCAUUAAGUAUUAAGGCCGAUGGUGCAGUAAAACACAUUAAAAUAUUCAAACGUGAUGUUGAUGGUGCAGAUGUAGAUCUCUAUUAUCUCAGUGAGUCUAGAUUUUUUAAAAGUGUGGUCGAACUUGUAGAAUAUUAUGAACGCGCCUCAUUAGCAGAGAAUUUUGAAAAUCUUGAUCAACGAUUGUUAUGGCCUUUUCGUCGAGUAUUAGCCAAAGCACUGUUCGAUUUUCACGGUAGUGAACGUAAUCAAUUGAGUCUUCGACGUGGAUGCAGAGUUGUUGUCUUAAGUAAAGAAGGUGAUGCCAAAGGAUGGUGGAAAGGAAAGAUAGGUGAUCAAGUAGGAUUUUUUCCUAAAGAAUAUGUCGAAGAAGAAUAACAGAAAUGCGAUAUAUAUAAUAAUGAUUCUUAUCUGUGUCGCAAUUAAUCUUAUCGUGCAAUCAUAAAUUGAAUGAAAUAUAUUUUGAAGAGAUAGAUAAAAAAAAGGAAUAAAAAACAAAAAAAAAAAGAAAAGAAAAGAACAAAGAAAAAGCAUAAAAUGAAAUAUUGUACCAUGACAUUUACAUCGUGCAUAGCACCUUGUAAAGUAAUAUUUUCGAACUUAUUGGAUAAUCAUUGUCUUUUAAUAUUUGGUUUUAUCUUCGAUCUACAAUCAAGCGAUCAAUUAAUUUACAUAUGAAGAUAUUACACACGUAUGUACAUAGGGGUGAUAUAUUCUAAUGUAUUCGUUUUUCUAGAAUACUUUUCUCCUUUUUAGACUAUGACGCGUAACUGUUUGCGGUUUGCAUGUGAUUUACCGAGAUCAGCAGGAGGAAAGAGAUUUAGAUAUAAUAGCUUCUUUUUAACUGUUCUUUUAUUCUCUUACUAAUAGUCUCUUCAAUGCUUUUAUUCGCUUAUUUUCUUUUUUUUUUUGGAUCAUACUUUAUUGUUAUUCACUUUUGGUAUAGAGAUGAAUUCAAUUUUGUUCUUUUAAAUUAAACAAAUUUUAUUUUUCUCAGCUAUUUUAUUGAUUUUCUAUCUCUUGUAAAACUAUUGCUCUUAUGAUUAUUCUUCUUAAUGAAUUUUGGUGUUCUUCUUCUACCUCUCUUUUAUAAUUCUGUUUGAACUUAAUUUUUCUCUCAUGUUAGUUUUAUAUUAACUAAUGCACAUAUAUUUAUUGGUAUUCUGGCUUUAUCUUUUUUUCCUUGUCCUCCUGUCGACCCAACCGUCCUACUCAUAAUACCUUUGCUAUUUUUUAAAGCUUUCUAAGAUCCAUCACAAUAAUAUAUGUAAAAUAAUUUUCCGAUGGCCAUAUAUCUUUUAUUUUAUUAUUUUAUCAGUUUCACUUGUGGAAAAGUAAAAUGUAAAGCCAAUUUCCGCUCUUAAUCUUUUAUUGUAAACAAAUGAAAACAGACAUUCCAAUUUUUAAUUUCUCACACGAAGAGCAUUAUAAUUUCAGUAUAAAUAUUUAACGAUGUAUGUAUAUAUCAAUAGAUUAUAAUUUGAUUUAGAACAGAAAGACUCAAAAAGAAAAGAAGAAUAUCUCAAUAAAAUAUUGUA